AUGGCUCCAGGGGCUUCCAGGCAGCAGAACACGGCGGGGGGCGCCGCCAUGACCAAUGGGAAGAGGAUCUUCAAUAAAUGGAAGCACUUGCCGCCGAAACAGUGCCUGAGCUGCGAGCAGACGACCCACGAGCUCGACAGGGACGCCGUGAACGAGCCAGCUUUCUUUGCGUGGACCAAGACGAGCCGUGACAAAUCAUCGGCUGGUGGCUACAGGUUGUGCGGCAACGAAUGCUACCCGUGCUCGGACGCCGAACUGAACGAGAAGAAGAGUCAGAACGCCGACCUGGAAGUCAAGUGGGUUGAGUUGCGGAAGCGCAAGGUCGGUGGCCUCGAGAAGCACGCGAAGGGCGACAAGGAGAAGGUCGAUUUGUCGAAGUACACGCUCAAGGUUACCGAUGUCAAGAGCAAGUUCGAUCAGUACUACGUUGAAGGCAGCUGGAUUCCUCUAUGGGACUUCGUGGUGGACCACAAGCUCCCGUUCAAGAAGGGCGUCAACUCGGUGGACGAAGUCGCGCGGCACAUCGAGGCGAAGCAUUCGCACUACCGUGUUGCCGAAGAUGACGAUGGAGAGAUUGGCGUUGAGGUCCCUGACGAGCACAAGGGCGUGAAACGCUUUAGGCGCGGUUGCAAGACGUCGGCGGAGCAGCGCAAGUCCAGGGUUCACAAUGACGAGGCCAGCAUGAAGGACCACCACGAGGCUGCAGCGAGGGCUGUGCAGCCGUCCACGCCGCGCUCCGAGUGCACCGGCGGCUUGCGGAGCUUGGCGCAGAGGCGGCUCGACGACGGCUCCGAUGCUGCAUCCAUUGCGACGGACGUCGCUGAAGCCGACCAGCCGCGGGGCAGGAUGCGAGGCAGCUUCGACGCUGAGCGCAGCAGCGCGGCAGGCGGCACCGAUCGGGAGGGCGACGACGAGGUCCCCAUAGCCAAGAAGUCGACGGAUGGCAGCCGCCACCGUGGUAAUGAUGAGGCCUCGCUGAUCCAUACUGCAGGCGAGCUGACGACCGCCUACAUUGACGACUUCAACCUGGCGGAGCACUGGAACCAGCGCCCUACUAAACGAGCUUUCCAGACCGUCAUAGGCAGGCUACAGACCAUGGCGCGGAGGUGCGGCGCUCUGAUAUAUCCCGACAAGUGCCAGAACUUAUCGCUGCAGCUGUCGGAUCGCGACUUCGCUAACUUAGUCUUUGGCAAGCUUGUCGGGUGCGAGUUCUCCGUCAUUGAGAUGGUGUUCAAAGACGCAGGUGGCGAUCUCAUAAUCAACAUCUUCACGUCGACAAUGCAGCACGUGGCAGAUAAGUCCAUUGGGACGCGGGAACAGCACUCUCUUCACCUGAACGCGUUCCUGAAGUCCAUCCAGUGCAAGAAGAGCGUGCCCACCGAGACCGUGGGCUUCAAUCUGGUUGGGUUUUGUCCAGGUGUUGAGAAGGCGCAGCGGACGCUGACGUUGGUAUUCCUCGAGAAACUUUGGCGCCAGCCAGACGAGUCCACCAUCAUCCACGUUGCCAAGGUAAUCGAGGAGAUCUUUGGGACAGACUUGCCUCGCAACUUUGACUUCAAGUCACUCGAGUCAGAUUGGCUCGUGGGGGAAAAGUGGUGUUGGCAAGUCGCCGUGGACAUUGCGUUCACAAUUGCCGCUGCACGUGUGCUGGAAACGCUUGGAGGUUCCAACGUAUUCGGCCCAGGAAUCAAGGCCGCGAACGUCAGCAUUGUUGAUAAUCCGGCGAUGGUCUCGGCCAGGGUCAGGGCUUUGGUGCGGGUGCCAGGUCAGCGCAGCAACCACUUGAGGCGAGCCUGGGACGUCAUGGAGCAACACAACGAGGACAGUCAGGGCGCCGGCAAUGAGUGCGCCGACGCCGACGCCGUGACGCGCUUGAGGAAGACCGCGCAGGACGUGCUGGACUCCAUUAAGGAAGAGUCUAACGUCGAUUGGGCCAACGGCAUCAACAAGUGGCUGGACGUUGCAGAUGACCAGCGCCUCUUGAACGAUAUUUGCUUGCUUGGCAACUUGUCGUAUGCGAGCGCGCGGACAGAUAGUCAGCCCCCUCCAGAUAUGAUACAGGACGUGGACCAGGGCAACGAGAUGGCGAAUUGCAUUCUGACUCUUGCGGAUCAUUGUCUGCGCCAUUCCGACCACAACGUUAUCAUGGGUGACAUCGCGAACCCUCGCGAACGUCAGCAAGCGCCCGAAGCCGCACCUGAUGAUCCCCACGGCACCGUGUACGACCAAGGCAUCACGAUGUUCAAAUGGCUGAAGAUGGCGAUGGGCGUCCUCACGCACUACGACGCGUCGGCGAACUCGACGGUCAGCCAGGCGAAGGCCAUCACGGAGCAACGGUUCUUGAUGAGCGGCGUUGAUGCGCUUCUGCCGAAGAUCAGCGUGUGGACGAACAUCGCCACGAAGGCAAAGGCGCACAUGAAAUUCCUGGGCGAGAACGACGAGACAUACCAGAAGAUGGUUAAGUUUGCGACUACCUUGGCGGAGCUCGACAGCGAGGCGAAGGCGCUGGCGACAUCUAUCUCUACGUGCUUGCUGGCAUCGUGUUUCGUGAGGUAUCGGGAGGAGAAGCCCGACGUCCUGAAGACCAAGGUCCCCCAGCAAGUGGCGCGCGCUGAGCAGAAGUGGAAGGUUUCAGCGUCGAGCCUGCCGCUGACCACGCAGGCCAAAGUGGUCGAGGCCCUCGGCGCGGAUCAGCCUUCCCCGAGCGGUGCCGCGAGCUCCAGCGUCAGCGGCAUCGACGUCGUCGACUUGCGCUCCGAGGGGAGUUCGGCUACGACUGCUGCGACGGUGGCGGAUGUGCCGGAUGCUGGCCCGAAAAAGAAG